GCGCAAACAUGGCUGCGUCCUUCAUCAGCGUGUUUUGUUUGUAGCACAGAUCCGUGUGAAAAACAUGUCAAUAUGCGGCGCGUUGUAAAGUUACCAAUGUAGGGAGUUUGUUUAUGGUGAGAAGAGAAACCUGGAGCUUCACAGGACAUGGAGAGACGAGAGUUUAUAGCAUCGCUUGUGGCUGGAGGAUGUGCAGGCAUGUGUGUCGACCUCACACUCUUCCCUCUGGACACCAUUAAGACACGGUUACAGAGUCAGCAGGGCUUCCACAAGGCCGGGGGAUUCAGGGGCAUCUAUGCCGGCGUGCCCUCUGCUGCCGUGGGAUCUUUUCCGAAUGCUGCUGCCUUCUUCGUCACGUAUGAAAGCACCAAGUCUGUGCUCUCGGGCUGUUUCUCCUCACGCAUGGCUCCGGUCACACACAUGAUUGCUGCGUCGCUCGGAGAAAUCGUUGCGUGUCUGAUCCGAGUCCCGACAGAAGUGGUGAAGCAGAGAGUUCAGGCCUCUCCCUCUCUCCACACACACCAUGUCCUGCUAGCCACUCUGCGCGAGGAGGGGGUCCGGGGACUCUACCGGGGAUUUGGCAGUACAGUACUCCGAGAGAUCCCAUUCUCUUUGGUGCAGUUUCCUCUCUGGGAGUAUUUAAAGGCUCUGUGGCGGAGGAGACAGGGGGAACGGCUGGACUCUUGGCAAGCUGCAGUGUGUGGAGCUGUUGCAGGUGGGGUAGCAGCGUUUGUUACCACUCCUCUGGAUGUGGCCAAGACGAGGAUAAUGCUGGCUAAGGCUGGUACUUCCACGGCCAGUGGAAACAUCCCUCUAGUGCUGUACGAGGUGUGGAAGUGUCGAGGUGUGUUUGGGCUCUUCGCCGGUAGCAUCCCCAGGAUGACCUUCAUCAGCGUGGGUGGGUUCAUCUUCCUCGGAGCUUACGAGAAAGUGCGUCGCAUGCUCCUAUAGGACUUUGGACUCCGAUGCCGUCCAUGACCCAUAGAUCUGAUCUUAACCGGAAGUAUCAGGUUAAAGGUCUUGUACUGGGGCGCUGGCACUCGAAGACUCACUGGUACCCUGGAAUUUGCAUUCCUGACUAUCAUUGCACAGCGCAUUAGUUUUAACUAUAAUUUUAACUGAAGGUCUUUUACAGCAAGAUUCUUUUUUUGACAGAGCUGCCAUCAUGAUCAUAUUUGACCUGGAAGUGUGCUGGUGCUGCACAGAUUAAGAGUUAUUAAAAGAGUUUAAUAUAA